UCACCAAGAAAGGAAAAACGUGGAUAGGGAAGGGUUAUUACACAUUUUAGACAUAUCUCAUAUGUUGUCCUGGUGCUGCAUUCAAUGGAAACACGGGACAUGGGAGACCCGAAACUUCCGUUUACUUUUCGACUGGAAUUGCAGCUGAUUAUGUGCUUUUACGCACGAGGUGCCCGUUUCGGACUGUACGACUUUAAACAUUAUCAGCACAUUAUAUUUCGCCACUUCAGCCAAAUCAAUCCUAAAUUAUUAAAACAAUGUGCAGGAUAUUUAGUUAUCUGCCAUGCAUGUAUAUAGUCCUGAUCUGGAAGAACAUUUGGGUGAUAUAUGUUGUGUGGUUUCCACCUGCAUGUCAGUUCAGCCCCCUGUGAAAAACUUCGAUCAACAUGUACUGUAUUUCACUUGUUCCCACCCGGUUGAAAGCAGCAUGACGUAGAUGACAGUGGCCAAUCGUGAAAGGGCUUUCUUCCUCUACGGGCCAAUAGGAGGCGACGAGGAGUGCCUGUCAGUCACAGGUGAGGGUGGAUGGUAAAACAAAAUUGGGUGAAAAGCGCCGGAGACUGGAGCGAGCCCGGGCUGAUGGCAGAGCUAUGCGGAGGAGCAGCAUCGAGCCUGCGGAUGUAGCAGAAACUUUCCACGGCUUCUCCCGCUGGGAUGCGACCAGGAACCAACACUGGGGGAACAUUUAAACCACAGCAGAGCUCCACGGAGGGAGUAGCCUAAGAUGUGGAGGAACUGACAUUGACUCCUCUAUCCGGGCGGGUUAGUUACUCAACUUUAAGAGCGAGCAAACUUCGCUUUUUCUUUUUUGAAAAUGGCCGUUCGUGGCAACUCGCUGAUGCCUUUUUCGAUCCAAGCCAUCCUGAACAAAAAGGACGACAGCCGACACUUGCCAGAUUUGGACAUGUGCUUCUCUAAGACGACGUGCUGGAAAAUAUUUGGGGAGAUGAACGGCGGGUCUCGGAGAGGUGAUGUGGAGGCUUGUGAGCCGACGGACCAGAAGAGCUACGACUCGGACUCGGGACUCAGCGAUGACAACGACAGCAAAACUCCCGCCGUGUGCAAGUCGGAGAAAGACGGAGACGCUGCGUCGGAUGUGCCAGAGGAAAGUUUGCAGGAGGAGACGGACCACGAGUCUGCAGCUGCAGAGAACGCAAAGAGUGACAGUGAGCCCAAUAAUGCUACGGACUCCAGCACCCUGGAUGAGAAGACUCUGGACCAGCCCAAACAGCGGAAAAAGCGCUCCAGGGCCGCCUUCUCUCACGCGCAGGUCUUCGAGUUGGAGCGACGCUUCAACCACCAGCGGUACCUGUCCGGCCCGGAGCGGGCGGACCUGGCGGCCUCCCUGAAACUCACAGAGACUCAGGUCAAGAUCUGGUUCCAGAACCGCCGGUACAAGACGAAACGCCGCCAGAUGGCUGCCGACCUGAUGGCGUCGACCCCAGCGGCCAAGAAGGUGGCGGUGAAAGUUUUGGUGCGGGACGACCAGAGACAGUACAGCCCGGGAGAGAUCCUGAGGCCCCCGCUGCUCUCCCUGCAGCCGUCCUACUAUUACCCUUACGCCUACUGCCUCCCUGCAUGGACACUCUCUGCAUGUGCGGGGAAUCAGUAAGAACUCUGUGACUGUAUUUAUUCUUUUUGUUUGAUUAUUUUGCUCCUAUAGGAAAUCAAACUAUACUUAUUUUCUGACAAGAGGAUGAGACCCGAGCGGACUAAUCUGCUCACCUUGCCUCAUCGUGUUGCUCCAGGCCACACCACGAGUUCCCAAAACAUGUUAUCACAUCCUCAAAUACUUACAAACGACUCCUUCGUUUAUUUAAUGAGAGUCUGUCGCGAGGAACCCCGUUCAAGACGUUUAUGAUUAAGGUUAUCACAUCAUAUACUGUUGGUGAGCGGGGAGAAUGGACCUUCUUUUAAAAUGUCACUAUGUUAACCUCUGAGGAAUGACGCAGUAAUAACGUUGAAGUAUUCCUCUCUUUGCGCGGGAGCCCCUCAAGGACCUCUGAAGCCCCCGGGACCUCAUUUUGUGAACCGGCGGCCUGAACUGACUGAAAAUGUCACCUUAUGUUGGUUUAUAUUUUACAUGCGCCUUCCUACCUCUGCAGUGAUUGGAAAUAGGCAUAUUCCAUUGACUUUUCAUAUAACUGUCUCUGUUACAGGUUGUGUUUUUUUUUCUUGCUGUGUUUGUAAAGGUAAGAUAUUUCAGCACUUUUGAGCUAUACACGUUACAUUACUCCAAAUGUAAAAUGCAUUACAGUGUGGGCAUGCACAGUGUCGGGAUGAGAGGAGGCGGUCUCUUGUGUUAUUGGCCUAAAAGUGAUCUCGUGGCAGGAAGCAGGCUAUAAAACAGACCUACUCCUAAUUGAAAUGUACAUGUGUUAUUCGUGUAAAAUGAGUGUUUUAGAUCGAAGCAAACAUUAAAACAUAUCAGGCAUUACUUUCA